CGUAUUUUGAACUGUGAACAAACGGACUCAGGGCACACCGAGAGGAGACGACCAGCAGCUUGUCUUUGGAUAGGUUUCGAUUGUUUUGAAUUUGCCACCGAACUGGGAUUUAAUGAUGAGAAAGAGCGAGGUGCUCGCAGCAGAGGCUGUGUCGUGCCUAAACAAAGCGCUGUGCCACCUGAAGGACAUUUGGGAGGAGAUCGGCAUCCCAGAAGACCAGAGACUACAGAGAACUAAUGUCGUGAAAAACCACAUAAAGAACCUACUGGACAUGAUGAUUAAAGAAGAGGAAACCCUGAAACAGAGGCUUGUAAGCAGUAUUCAAACAUGCAGGGCGGAAAUGGAGAAGCUCUGUCUGGAACUCCAUCUUUCAGCUUUUGAGGAGGAGAAUGGCCUCAGCAUGCUCCAGGAAGAGAAGAACAUCCGCACACGGGUGGAGGCUCUGACGAAGGAGAAGAGUCAGCGGAUGGAGCAGCUGAAAGCUCUGCUGGAGCAGGACCAGGACCUGUGUGACAUCUUGUGCAGCAUGCCGUACGGCAUCGCUCCAGACUCUGUCCCCUCUCUGGAACAGCUGGAAAACUUCCGCCAGCACAUCGCUAACCAGGAUGCAGAGAAGGCAAAGCGAUACGCUGAGUUCAUGGAGCUCAAGAAGCAGAUCAUUUUGUACAUGGAGGAGCUGGACCACAUCCCAGAGACCAGCUUUGAAAAAGAUGUCGUCUGUGAGGACGAGGACUCUUUUUGUCUCUCCAGAGACAACAUCACAGCACUCAAACUGCUUCUUUGUCAGCUGGAAGAACGCAAAGCAGAGAACGAAGCAAUGUGUGAGAGUCAGAGAGAGAAGAUACAGCAGCUGUGGAACAGACUGCAGGUUCCUCAGGAGGAGAGGGAGGCUUUUAACCAACACAUGGUCACAUCCAAGAAGAGAAACCUGGAGGCGUUGCGAGCAGAAGUUCAGCGUUUAGAGGAACUCAAACUGCUGAACAUCUGCAACGUCACCGAUGCCAUCCGCUCCGAAAUCGCUGUGUUUUGGGAGAAGUGCUUCUUCAGCACUGAUCAGCGACAGGCCUUUGCACCUUAUUUUAGUGAUGAUUUUAAUGAAGAGCUUUUGGCUCUGCAUGAUGCUGAGAUCCAGCGCCUAAAGCAGCACUUUGAAGACCACAAGGAACUUUUUAAUGGAGUCCAAAAAUGGGAAGAAAGUUGGAGACUCUUCUUAGAGCUGGAGAAAAAAGCAACAGACCCCACAAGGUUCACUAACAGAGGAGGAAAUCUUCUAAAAGAGGAGAAACAGAGGUCAGAGUUGCAGAAAAAUCUACCAAAGCUGGAAAAGAAACUAAAAGCCCAGAUUGAUGUCUGGGAGAGCGAACAAGGCCGAGAGUUUUUGGUGAAUGGCCAGAAGUUUCUGCAGUAUGUGGAGGAGCAGUGGGAGCUGCACCGAAUGGAGAAAGAAAAGGAGAAACUCGAGAGGCACCUAAAGAAGAGCAAACAGACCGAGGAGGAAAUGCUGUACGGCACAGUGGUGCGAACCCCAACCAAACGCAGGCUGCUCGGCACUACUACACCAAACAAAUCCCGAAAGUUUCACACAACUUCCAGCAUUUCUAGCGCCACCUCUAACAGCACCAUGCGCUCCGUUUAUGGUGGAACUGUCUGCCGCUCGCCUGUGCCUCGCACUCCUCUCUCUGCUAACAAGACUCCAACAGCGCGGACGCCAGGCAGCAGUAAGCCACCCCAUCCAAGAAUUCACGGCUGCAACAAGGAGAACGAAGCCCAGCUGAAGGGGAACGCUCUAUGUGGUGCGUUGCAGACCCCCCCUUGUCCACAGCGUAACUUCAGCGUGGCCUCUGUUGCCAGCACAUAUUCAGAGUUUGUGAGGGACUUCAUCAACACUGAAUCCGUUCAGUCAAGAGAGACCUGUCCAAGGCCUCUAACGCCAAGAUCCAGCACAACAUCUUGAACUCCACCACCACCACCCUCUGACCUCUCUUAUCAUCCUCCUUCAAGAGAAGUUCAGGACUCGUCCAAAAAGGAUCACUGUCGUCACAGCUAUAAUGCUUUUAUAAGAUAAUGAAGGUAAUAUAUUAAGUAUUAAGUCAGUGGGAAACAAUGAGCAAGGACUCUGAAGGUGCCGUCGUUGCUCAGUCACUGCCUGGAGGAAAAAAAUGUGUCAUAAAUUUAACAAACACUACUUUGUACAUUUUUUUGCAGUUAUUGAAAGUAGUUAAAAAUGGUCUAUGUUAAACUGCAAUUUUUUUAUUUUAGAAAAACAAAAGUAAGUUUUGCUUUCUGAGGUUAUGCAAUCUGGGGUUACAGGCCAAAUAUAUUAUGAAUGUGUUGCACUUUUGUUUUUCAGAAAAUAUAUUGCAUGUAUUUUAAUUUUACACACUCACACUGUUCAUUCCGAACCUUUUUAUAUAAAGGUUUAUGUAUAUAUUUUA